CCAACGUCACCCUCGGAAAACUCAAAACAUGGAGUACAGAUAGUUUUAAUUCAGGUGCUAUUUUCUUCGUUUGUUGGCUUUUACACGCGUUUUAUGGUUUGUAUAGAAGUUUGGUUUACGUAGGUGACUUGUUUUUGUGGCAGAGAGCUCCGAAUGGGCUUCAAAGCUGUCUUCUCCGAGUCGUAGUUGCGAAGAAUUAUGAAGGGAUAUGAGUGAGCAACAACACUUAGACAACACUGGUGUGGACGACUGUUGUAAUGUCGCUCAGAUCAUAGAAGAAAAGCCUGUGGAGAAUACAGCAAACGACGGCAAUGAUUUAAAACAGUCAGUAGCUAACAUCGACACUGACGUAGAGCCUAAAAAGACGACAAGCUUUCAAAUAACAAGCGUCAAGUCUGACUUAAAAUAUGAUGUUGAAACUAGACCGGAUGAGGGUUUAUAUGCCGAGCAGCCCAGCGCCGAAAAUGUCGGUGUAUUUGAGCAAAACAAUAGCGCUGAUACAACAGCGAUUAAUAAUGUGCAACCGAAGAAAAAAAUCUCGUUUCAGGUAACGAGUAUCGAGUCGACGGAAGGUCGAUCUCGCGGUGAUAGCAAUGGCUAUGAUGAUAUGGACGAACUUAACGAAAGUGAAUUCCUCGAGGAAGAAGAGGCGAACCUCGAGUCAACUUUAACGCACUCUUCUGGCAAUGGAAACGGUACAUCGAGGUUUAAAGUUGUAAAAAUACCUCGCUAUGAUAGCAAACCGUACACUAGAGGCGGUUGGAGAUGCUGGGAUUUUGUUAAAUACCCGCCGCCUUCGGCCGAACAUCUUCUAGCAGACCUACCCGGCUGCAGUAAAUUAAUUUCAGAUGUGAAUGACAGAGCGGAGCCCGAAUCUGUUAGUUCAACUCGAAAUUUACUAGCUUCUAGUGCGAGUAGUGGGGCUGUAUCUAAGCCUACAGACGUUAACUUCGACCUGCUUUCGCAGGAGGGAAAUACACGGCCGACUAUAGGCAGUGAGAUUAAAAAUUAUGAGGACAAAAGCGGUAUCGUUACUGCGAAUGAAUUUGCCGGAAACCCAGGUUCUUCAAAGCUAGACAACGACAGUAGGGAUUUGGUCAUAAAUAAUUCGUCUGGCCUAGAAAACCCCGAAAGUCUACCAAACGAACCCACGGGGACCCUGACUGACGAAGCGACGUUAAGGUAAGCUCUGAGAGACUUUAUUUUGUCAAACUUUGUGUGCUAUUUGCAACCCGAGAAGCGUUUUGUUUUGGCACUCAUACUAAACGUGCUUGUCAUGUGCUACAGUAAUGCAGACACUUUCUUCGCCUCCAGCGAGCAACAUAAUUAUAGUUAAUUGUAAACGCUUAUUUUCCAUAACAAAAGCGAUUUUAAUAGAAAGUUUAUCUAGAGCAGAAAUGUUUAGAAAUCCCCGCGGAGAAAUGUUGGAAAUUCAAGCGAGUCCCUGACCAUUGCAUGGACUAACAUAUUAGUUGUUGCCUAGUGUUUUUAUAGGGUUAGUAUGCCAAGCACCCGAAGAAUUUUGCCAAAAUGUGUAAAAUCCAUUCGGUGACCGUAUCUUUACUAAUAAUCUAUGUGCAAAUAAAGCAGUCUAAGUUUGUAAUAUGAUUAUUUAUACAUACACAGUUCUUUUUGAAUAUUUUAUUGCAGCGCGUUUAUUGUUUCUAAGAUUGACACAAUUUGUUUUGAUUAUAUCUAUGUGCUACACAAAAUAUUGGGACUGCAUUUGUUUAUAUUGUCGCGAGUUUAGCAGGAUUGCAAAAUUUUACAAUUUAUGUAUAUGAUCAAAAUUAUUUUGUGGGCUUUUGCAAUCUUACACAAAAUUCGAAUGAUUGUGUUAAUUGCUUUCACGGUGCUAAUGAGAAUAGAAAUAAGAAAAAAUUCACAGCUUAAUUUGCAGUUUGUUUUUGCAUAAUGCCAUGUUUACUUUCCUGAAAUAUCUUUGAUAAACUGGUCAAGGUCUUUUUCAUUUCACAUUUGAGAUAAGGAAAUAUGCUUUCAGUUAUUUGGGGCAUAUAUAACUUGUAAAAUAAUUUUGAUUGAGUGCUCAGAUAUUUGAUUUGUGGGCUACAUUUGGGGAAGUUAGACCAUCGGAGACCCAACAGAUAGUUGUAUAUUGGGCACAAAAAAGACUAAAAUGGCUUAAAAUCAUUGUGUUACCGUGAAGAUAUUCUAGCAACUAUUUUUGUAGACAUGGGUAUUUAUUCAAACCUGCAAGGCUCAAUCUUGCGUUGUGAAUGCAGACUAGCAGUGGUUGACAUAUAUAAAGACUUAUACAUCACUGCUAGUUUGUUCACAACACAAGAUUCAGCCUCACAUAGUUUGAAUAAACACCUAUGGUUACUAAAACAGUUGCUAGAAUAUUUUCACGGUAACCCAAUGAAUUUUAUUGAAUUUUUUAAGCCAUUUUUUGUGCCCGUUACAACUAGUAAGUAGACAACAGUCUAGGCAACCUGGUUUUUGGUUAUAUGAAAAAAUUUCAUCCUGGAUGAUUUGUCAUUUUCUAAGGCCCAGUUUAGAUGGCGAACUUUUCAUGCUCCGAACCUAAUCAAAUUAAAUAUGGAGUUCGGCAACUGAUUUAGACGUUGGACUUCAUUGUAUCGUGCCAAAAUACAAGUACACUACUGUAUAUCAGCAAUUUCAGUGCUGAAUUGCUAAUAUAUCAUAAUGGUAUGAUAAAUAAUGUACGCAACAAAUUUAUGCACAAAAAGCACAGCGUCUAAACCUAAACCGUGCCUAAUAAUAGCAUGCAACAAUAUCCAGAGUUCAAUAUAUUCUUCAAAACUUGGUUUGACAAUAUGUCAGGCCAACUCACAUUUUGGUCAAACAUGGUCAGACAUUAUGAGUAAAAUCGUCUGGUGUUAGACAGAGUAAAAUAACGAGGUAGGGUGCAUUAGGGCUGUUGUUACAGAAUUUUGCACUGUUGCAGGGUUUUCAGUUUAGGCCGGCGAACGGCGAAUUUCGCCAGACGUUUUCAUUCAACCCCACCCAAAUUCGCCAGAGCUUUUAUGUUUAGUCACGUCUCUAUGUACUCGCCCAAAUUUGUAAAUUCCAUCGGUAGAAAUAAUAUCUAUUGCCAUAGCUUCAUCGCCAUUAGCCAAAGCCUCACACAAAACUGAAAACCCUGCUGUUGUUACAGAAUUCUGCACUGUUCUCACACAAAACUGCAUGCUGUUGUUACAGAAUUCUGCACUGUUGUUACAGAAUUUUGCACUGUUGUUACAGAAUUUUGCACUGUUGUUACAGAAUUUUGCACUGUUGUUACAGAAUUCUGCACUGUUGUUACAGAAUUUUGCACUGUUGUUACAGAAUUUUGCACUGUUGUUUGAGAUUAACUUCACUGAAAUCAACUGACCACAGUCUAGUAAUAUUUUUACGUAUAUUAUUAAAGAGUUAAAAGGAUGCAUCUAGGCAGAUAGUGUAGCUGAUUAACAUAUUUAGUGCACCCAUCUUGUUUUAGGCCGGUGAACAGCGAAUUUCGCCAGUACUAAGAAGACAUUUGACAGCCAUUUGCCAGAGGCUGUGUGUAAUUCGCCGGUACUUGCAGUCAUGACAGGCUGAAAUUUUUAGCCCGGUCUUGCACUCGGACAAUAUACGAAAUAGACAAAGCUUGCAAGCCUUUGCCCACCACUCAACUCAUAGCGCCCUUGAAGCUUCUACCUUCCAUUCUUUGCAUACGCACUUCGCUCAUCAAUUAAUAGCCGGAGCCUCAGUCGUGCAAAACAGUAUUGGCCAUACCCAAAUUAUUAUUACCCAGGACUUCAAACGGCUACCUGAAGGGCUGUGAGUGGCACCACUCUCCCCUUGAUGUGUAAAAUAGUAUGGCAUUUGGUAGAGUAAAAUAGAGCACAUUGCCCACGUAAAGGGUUAAUGAUUUAUAUAUUGUAACUCGAAAGAGAAAAGUUGUGCAAGCCAAAAAAGUGCGGAUUAAUGAACUUGAAUGUUUCAAGUGAAGGUCCUUGGUCAGGAAGUUAGUAACCACACCUCCUCGUGACUCCAUGGAGGAAUUGGACUCCCAGCUAGGAAUGUUCGGUGUGAGAAAUUUCCGGUAUCAGUAUACCGAAAAAGUUAUACCGAUAUUAUCGGUAUACCGGUUUUCCUUUGAUAAUUAUAAAGGAAAAUUCUUUAGUGGAAGUUUGAAGGAAAUUUUGAGUAAUUCUAAAAGGGAAAACGAUAAUUUCGAAGCUGUUUCGAACAUGUUUCGAACAACACAUACUUAGUGUAAAAUCUGACUGAAGUGGAAAGUUUAAAUCAUUGCAGUAGAAAGUUCUUUGAAUUGCCAUUCAGUAGUAAAAUAAAGGUUAUGGUUUCGCCACAUAGUUGGUAAAUUUAACACGGUAUACCGAAAAAUUCUGGUAUAUCUGAAAUUUCUGUAUAUCGGUAUGGUUGAAUAUCCGGUAUCGAUAUACCGAUAUUGAUUUAAUACCGAUAUUUUCGGUAUAUCGGUAUACCAAACAGUCCUACUCCCAGCCCCAUCUGAUGUACAUUUCACUCUUUUCAGAAGUACAGUGAGUCACUGUAGAUUUUCUCCCUUCCCCUCUGGUUGGCAGAAAAUUCCUCCAUAGUGAGAGUGUGGAACUUUUAUGGAACAACACAUUGUAGUUAUUUCACUUGGAUAAUAAUAAUAAUAAUUAUAUUUAUUCAGGAUACCCAGAUCACAUACAUGUUUUUCAUUGGGAUCCUGCAUCAAAACCACAAUUAUUUACAAUAUUGUCAAUAUUUAAACUGUACAAAAUAUACGUACUGUACAUGCAUGGCACAAAGGUCGGAAAGAAAAAAUCAUUGAGCAGCUGGGCACAAGCAUACAAUAACUACACUGUGUGUACGAAGUAGAUUUAAUUGAGUCUUAAAUUGAGUGAGAGAACUAACAUUUGUAAUGGAGCUGUCCAAAUUCUUGAAGUCUUUUGAAGCAUACUUAGUUGGUCUAAGUUUAUCCCAGUUUGUGUUGGCUUUCGGAAGAAGGUUGUUGCAGGAUCUUGUAUUGUAGGAUUGAAUGGGCUGUUCCGGCAAGAAAGAUCAACACUCCCCCAUGGAUGAAAUUAGUGCUGUACAGAGAAGGGGGGAGAGGAGGGGGAAAUGGCUUCAAUAAUAGCAAAAUAAUCUAGGACAUUGGAAGAGAGAUGGGAGUAAGUUUCCCACUCUCGAAAUGUCGAAGUUCUGUUUAUAUUUUCCAGGUAGUUGUAUCUCCCGCUAUCAUUAGCUGUCACCAGGGGUGGAUUUAUGGGGGUUGCAUAGGGGUGUGCACCCCUUUUGGUCUUGGUCAACAGGGGUGCAAAAAAAUUAAAUUCAGAAAUAUGGUACAAUUUCCAAGGUAUUUCCUUUUUUGAAGUCAAACUGAAGCUCAUAAUUCAAUGCCCAUAUUGCAGAAAAUGGCAUUUCUAGGGUUCUAAUUUUCAAAAUGUUCUUGGGGCAUACCUCUGAACCCCCUAGGGAGCUUGUGCCUUCAAUGCUUGAGUUGUUAGCAAGCCAAUUCAUUUGAAUAUUCUCCCACCUCCCCUUAAAGAAUUAUAGAGAAACACUCGGCUGCUUUCCAAAAACCUUGCUGGAUCCACCCCUGGCUGUCACAUAUACUGUAUCGUCCAUGAUUGGCAUAAAAUUAGUCAGAAUCUGUAGUACUUAAUCGUUAAUGAAUAUCUAAUUUUUUCAGAUUGCUUUCUGAAGAUGAAAUAGUUGCUGAAAAAAUUAAAAAAGCUAUGGUAUGUUAAUCUUUGGUUUGAUUUUAAUAUGUUUGUGUACACAGUUUUAAUAACUAGUUUCAAGUGCAAAUUGGAAAAAAACGUACACAUGUUUUUCAAAGAUGAUCAAAACUGCACAGGUCUUUGAAAAACUCAUGAGUAUUAGUUUUUCCAAAUUGCAUGAGAACCCAUUACUUAGGGGCGGACCAUUAGAAAUCCCGGGAGGGGGGGGUAUAAAGUUUUUGCGGCACAAUUUUUUUUUUCAGUCUCAUGUCUCUACAGGAAUUUUUUUUAAUGCAUUUAACCUUGCACGAAUUUUUUUUCUCUGACAUAAUGGCUGCACGAAUUUUUUUUCCAGGCAUUUUUCUUUGCACGAAUUUUUUUGGGGGGAAUUUUCACCUCGGUUUCAAUGGUCCGCCCAUUAUUAUUGCGUGGAAAUUGAUAUACAUUUCUUAGACAUUUAAUAGACCUAACCAGGAACAUGCAACUUUAGGUCCCUGGCAGGAAUCAAACCUGCGGCCCUGUGAUUCCGGUGCAGCACUCUGACCAACUGAGCUACAGAGGACAGUUAUUAGUGCUGUGCACCAGGGCUGGAGCCGGACUUUGGGCCUAUUUUGCCGGACUUUGUUCAACUCCGGCAGCACUUAUUUGUGCUUCAAACUACUGUGAGUCGGACAUCGGCAAAAAAACCUGAAUCCAUCGAUGAAAAAGUAAAUACUCACAUUGAUACUGUGCGUAGGCUUGCCGUAAACAUACUGUAGUACAAAAUGUUUGUGCGAAGUGUUUAAAAUCAAAAACAAAGUUAGUGCUUCCACUUUGAAAUGUGAAAUUUCCAUUAAAUUUCGAAUUUUCACGAAUUUGCCGGAGCUGGGAAUUUUCUGCUGGAGUUGGAGGUGAAAAACCCAGAGUUUGCACAACACUACCAGUUGUCGAGCUCUAACCACAAGUUCAUGUAUAUACUGUAUACUAGGGUACUGCCAUGUAUAGGUUAUGGGUACUGCAAUGUAUCAGGGUGUUAGCCAGAAGUAAAAAAAUCCGCGUUUACCUGAAAUUGGGAAAUUUAUUUUCGCCUGAAGCCGGGCAUUUCUUUGUGGGUCUGGGGGCAUGCCGGUUACCCCCUCCUCGAUUUUUAAAAUUUUUGUGUCUUUGAAAUGGCAUUUCCCGCAUUUUGGGAGUAAUUUUGAGCAAAUGUAGUUAUAAACAUGCUUUUAAUGGCGUAUUAACAACAUUGAAUUUCUAUAUUACCCAUUACUUAUUAAUCCUUCAAGUGGCAAUGUGCCCUGAUGCACCCUACUUUGUUGUUUUACUCUGUCUAACACAAGAUGAUUUUAGUCAUCGAGGGAAGAGUGCUGCCAUAGGCAUAUGCUGAUGCUUUCCUGGGGUGGACACAGUUGAAAGUUUGCCCGAAUUUUUAUGGGGGAUUGUGAUUUUCCCUAUUUGCCCGAAUUUCCAUCGUUUCCAAAGAUUUUGGUUGCAAUUGCUCCCCCUGCCCCCUGUCUUGUACGCCUAUGAAUACUGUCACUUAAUGGUUAAUGAUAGACAUGAAAAAGUAUGCAGACUUCAUAGUCACUUGCGUGCAUGAAACACAUGCAAAAUAAGGUACAGUAUUUGCUGUCUUACUGUAUUUGAAGGACACAGCAACUUACAGUAGAAGUAGUUUACAACUUAAUACAAGUUUACAACUUAAUACAAGUUUACAACUUAAUACAAGUUUGCAACUUAAUACACAACUGUCAGAAGUCAAAACUUAAGUCAAGGUAACUUUUGUCUGGGCGCUUGCCACAUAUUCCUUAUUUGGCACUGAAUUACUAUUUCGCACAGAACUUUCAUUUUUGGCACUGAAUUUAAUUUUUUGGCACUGAAGUUUAGUGUAUUUUCUAAAAUUUCUAUAUUUUUCAUGGAGCAUGUCUGUGACUAAUCAGUACAGUACAUUGUCUUACUGUAGUUUGAUUUAAAAUCGGUCGAAUUUUAAGGCACACGCAAUGACGCAAGUGCGAUUUAUCGCAAGCCUCGAUUAAACUGCAAUGCAAAUAUAUUUUUAAAAACCUACACUGUAUAUAUUAUAUAUUUCAAUAAAAAAUAUCGAGCAUAUAAAUGAGUUUCUAAAAGUCUAACACAAUAGUCCAACUACAUAGUCCAACUCUAGAAAAUAUUUUAUAUUUGUGAAUGCAUUCGGAAUGAAAAAAUAGUCUCAUUCCACCGCAUGACUAACAUUAACAAGCCCAGGAAUUUGAUUCAUAGACAAAUUUGGCUAACGUUGUUUACAUCGUUGCUACCCAAAUCACAACUUUAGAUAACUCACAUGCCUAUAAUUACGGUUGUUCUAGUUUACAGAAGCAUAGAAUAGGACAAAAGUAACUAAGCAUAAUUAGGUAAAAGUUUUAAUAUUCAUAUAAGUACAUAUUAGAUAAUUCUAAAGCUUAGUUACUUUUGUUCUGUUCUAUUCUAUGCUCUGUAUACUAGAACAAUACGAACUAGGCAUGUGGGUGAUGUAAAGUUGUGAAAUGGGUAUAAACAAACGUUAGCCAUAUUUGUCUAUUGCAUCCCUUUUGAAAGCCUGUAAAUGGUAGCUAAAUAACUGUAAAAAAAACUAUAAGAACAAUUUUUCAGCCAUAAAAGUAUUGGUAGGUUAUAAAUUAAGUUAUAUAUUGCAUGGAAUUUAAGGCAUAUAAACAUCUUUAUAUUUUACAAAACAUGCCUCUACAGCAACCAAAGUGAUUCCCUGUGUGUUCCACCCUAAUUUUGGAAACGCAAAGAUCAGAUUCUGCCUAUUUAAAUCCAGUGUUAUUAAUUGUCAGUUUUACUGGUCUAAAACUUCUUGCCACAAAUCAUGGUCAGUGCUGCCGUUAAAAGUUCGAGGCCUGCACGGUGCGAUAAUUGCAGAUUUUGUCGUCGUACCUGACUGCUACUCCAGUGGUUUAUAUUGCCUUGUACUGUACUUGAGCUGCAUGGUACAAAUUUAAGAUUCGAGAUGUAAACUGCACGUUUCGGAAAGAGGUAUUCAUUCAGUACCCUGAAACUACGAGUUAGAAGAAGGAACACAAUUGCUUAUACAAACACUACAAUUGACUGCAACAUCCUAUCAAUCCGAUCAUUUUUCAUGCCAAGACAUAUCAGACUUACACAUAUAUCAGUAGUGCUGUAGAAACUCCGGUUUUUCAGCUCCGGCUCCGGCCGAAUUAUAGCUCUGAGCUCCGGCUCCGGUCACAUCGUAAAAUAUUAAAUAAAUAUUUUAAUAUUUUACGAUCCGGGAACAUUUAUUAAUAUUAUUAUGAAUAACCCUUUUCGUCGUAUAACCCUUUCACGAAUAACCCUUUUCCUAGAAACAAGGUUUUUAGACUAAUACCUUAUUUCUUUUUCUUUUCACCUUAAUUAGAAUCAAGUUGUACAAAUUAAAACAGAUCUUCUGCAAGACGUCAAUGCAGACGUGAAAAAAUUAAAACUGACAAUACAGAAUUUAACUAGCGAAAACCAGAGACUAAAAGAAGAGAACGAAUCACUGAAACAAAGACUCUCUAAUCAACCAGAAUCUAUUUAAUGUGAUCUAUCUGUAAGUUGUCAAUAUUUCCCGGCAACAAAAUAUAUAGUUUUUUAAUGUUGCAUGUCUCCGAGAAUUCUAUCGGGAUCGGUGGUUCAAAAUACGGCGGCGAGAAUAUUCGGUCUGAUGCGUUAUAUAAUCCACCGUUCAAUAUAUGCGUUUCGUAUAUAUGGUGUUAAAAAUUCGCAUGCAUGCAGACAUUGCAUUCGGUAGAGAGAUAGGCCUUUGUAAUAAUUGUUUUGUUGUGCGUUUAGCAAAUUUUUGUGGUUGCUCUCCCCAGUUUGAGAGAUUUCUGACGCCUUGUACAGUACAGAUAUAAUACUGUAUGCCUACUGUUGGUAUACAUGUCGUCCUCUCGACAAUGUAAAGUAAACCGAGGAAUGAUUUUUUUUUUCAAUCACACAUUCAAGCGUUUCUGCUAACAGUAGCAGUCGUUCCUCAUGAAGCCAUGUCAUCAAAUCUGUUUAGGUAUAAAGGCUAUUUAAACAGAGAGGUGAUUGCAUUUUUCUGAUAUUCAAUUAACAUUUACGUGAACUGUCGCGCUAUUAUAAUACUUUAGUUUGUGGAAUCACCACGUAAAUUUAUUACUGCAAAGGUUUUGACCCAUAUAAGCCCGGAUCUUCAUCAGUGCUAAUAUAUCAUUAGCACUGAUGAAGAUCCGGGCUUACGGAUCGAAACAUUUGCAGUAAUAAAUUUACGUGGUGUUUCCACAAACUAAAGUAUUAUGUUUUAUCGCCAUGCAAACCUAUACAAAGAACUUGUCGCGCUAGUUUUGGGAAAAAAGAACUGUAUUUGUAGCUGCAAAAAGAGCGAGUGAAAUUGUGAUUUGAUUUCUCAUCAAGUUGUGAUACACACGAUUAUGAGAUCGCUCGAUUUACUUUUCUAUUGCUCAAGGGGAGAAUAAUGCUGCUGAACAAUAAUUUAUUUGCGCUUUUGUUUGCAUUUGUUUAGUUACUGUCUAUUGUCGAGGUAUGACAAGUGUUUUCCCAAAAUAUCGUGCAAGGUAGCCCACUCCUUCCGUUAGAAAAUAUUAGCGUAAUAUUUCCAUGUUUAAAAUAACUAAUCUCAGGAAAAAGUAAUCAUUGCGCAAUGAUGGUAAAAUUAAAAUUGUAUCCAUUAAUAGAAUGCGGAGAUUUGCAUUGGGUGACUAUACAGAGACUUGAAAGAUAUGACGUAAAUGUCUUCAUAGGUGAAGUAUUAUGAAUACGACCUGAUUUUUGGAAUAGUGCAGCCCCAGAGAAAUUAAAAUUCAAUGAUGUUUUUGCGUGUUUUUCAUUAGAUCUCGAACGCCAAAGUAAGAAUCGUACAUUAUACCGGAAUAUACCAACUUAACCAGGCAUGCAAAUCAAAUUGCUAUUUCAAUUUUCAUUUACACUUUUGAGGGAUAUGGUCUUUUCAGGUGAAUUUAGGAAUUUAGGUACGAAACAAUACAUUCUGAUAUAUGACAAUGAAACCAAAAUAUUACAUUGCUCAGAAGUGUAAAUAAACACAGAAAUGAGCAAUUUGCAUACCAAGUUAAGUUGGUCUAUUGUACCGAGCAGAUAGGCUUAAUCCAGUGAACGUUAAAACUGAGAUGUAUCCAAAUUAUUACAAAGACCUGCCUCCAUGCCAAAUGUCUUCAACGUUUUAACUUCGUAGAACGACCGAUCCCGGCCUCCAAAAGAGUUGAAUACAAUAUUUUCAUACGAUAUAUUGUAAGCAAUUAUAUACAGUAGGU